CUGACGGACACCACGGUGCCCCGGCGCCUGGGCCCCAAGCGGGCGAGCCGCAUCCGCAAGCUGUUCAACCUGUCCAAGGAGGACGACGUCCGGCAGUACGUCGUGCGGAAGCCCCUGAGCAAGGAAGGGAAGAAACCCAGGACUAAAGCCCCCAAGAUUCAGCGGCUGGUCACUCCUCGUGUCCUUCAACACAAACGCCGCCGUAUCGCUCUGAAGAAGCAGCGCACUAAGAAGAACAAGGAGGAGGCUGCAGAAUAUGCUAAGCUUCUGGCCAAGAGAAUGAAGGAAGCCAAAGAAAAACGCCAGGAACAAAUUGCCAAGAGACGCAGGCUGUCCUCUCUGAGAGCUUCUACUUCCAAGUCUGAGUCCAGUCAAAAAUAAAAUGCUUAAGUAACAAAUAAAUUAGAUCUGACCUCAA